AUGUUUUCCCUACACCAACCCGAAACGGUUUCAAGAAAUUAUAAGCCAAGUAUAGAAAAUUCUAGUAUUGAUUUGAAUCAUGAAACUUCAUCGACAUCUGUCUCUGAAACUCAACCCGAACAUGGUGUUGAAGGGGUGGAAAAUGUAGUUCUACACAAUGAAGAUGAAUCAAGGCAUAAAAGUAAAGCCAAAUGGAGCAAGGAAGCAACUUUACUUCUGAUAAAUGGGUGGCUUAAUACAUCUAAGGAUGCCAUCAUGGGGAAUGACCAAACUUCUACAAAUUUAUGGGCUCGGAUUGCAGAAUACUACAACAUCAACCAAAUAGGUCAACAUACAAGAACUGGAAGGCAAUGCAAAGACCAUUGGAACAAGAUGAAUAGAAAGGUGGUGUGUUUCAAUGGGUGUUAUGAACGAGUGCAACAAGCACAUCACAUUGGUUGGUCUGAUGAGACAAUUCUUGAGAAUGCACAUCAAUUGUUUAAAUAUGAAAAUAACAACUCAAAUUUUCUGCUUGUGGAUUGUUGGAGAUUGGUAAAGGAUGGGCCGAAAUGGAAUACAAUGUACCAACCAAAAGGUGAUAAGAGAACAAAGGUGUCAAAAUCAAGGGCAUAUACUUCAUCUUCCAAUUCAGACAUCAGUGAUGAUGAAGUACGUGAAGUGUGCCCUACUGGCCAAAAGAUAGCAAAGAGAAAAGGGAAGGAAAAAAAAGACAUAUACUACAUUUAUAGAGAUUAA